GUGAUUGUUUACAUCUGCAGUAAAUCCAGCGGAGUAAAAUUUUAUCAUAUAUUUAAGAUGUCACUUACCCUGUGCCAAUAAAACACAACAGAUUCCAACAAGAUGGCUGACAAAAUCUGGCCAGUAACAAGAAUUCCAAGUAUUUUUGAUUCUGAUGAUGAUAGUGAUGAAGACCUUUCAAAUUCCACCCCUUCAGCCAUACUAACAUCCCAGGUGCAGAGCAAUACAAGUACAGCUUUUUCAGAAGAGUAUGCUGCACAUAGUCAAGCCAGUAAUGAACAGGAUACAGCUGAAGAUGUUAGUGGGGGAAAAGAUGUUGAGAAAGAUUGUAGUGAGGGACAAGAACCAAAAACCAAGGAGUCCAAGGAGGUAGAGGAUGGAAGACAAGCCUCACCGGAAGAUCAAGGGGGGGACCUGCAAGCCACAGAAAUUGUCAAGGGUACUGAACAAGAUCAUGAGGAAGCUAGUGGGGAAAGUGCCAAUGUUGAGAAAGUUUGCAGUACUGAGGAAACUGACAGCAAGGAGGAAGAAAUAAAGAAAGUAUCACCCAGUGUACAGGAGGUGGGUCAAGGACAAAGCAGUUGUGGUGAUUUAGACAAAAGUUCCUCAAAACCUGGGUCAGAUGAUAUGGAAGUGAGAGAGGAGGAACUAGAUAAAAGUUUUUCCAGUUUUGAUCAUGCUGAGGGAAGUGACAGUGAUGACAUUAAUAAGGGAAACCGAAGCAUUUCAAGUCAUGACAAUAUGGAUGAUGGCAGUGAAGAAGAUGCUGCAGGGGGAGAUGAUAAAAGUGUAUCGAGCCAUGAUAAUGUUGAUGUAGCAAGUGAAGGGGAAGAUGCUGACAUGGAGGUAGAUAAAAGCAUUGCAAGUCAUGACAAUAUUGGGGAAAUCAGUGAAGAAGAUACUGGUGAAGUAGCAAAUAAAAGUGGUUUAAGUCAUGAUCAUGCUGAUGAAGCAAGUGAAGAUGCUGACAUGGAAGUAGAUAAAAGCAUGUCAAGCCAUAGCAAUGCUGAUGAAGUGAGUGAAGCAGAUGAUGCAAUGGACAAGAGUGUCUCCAGUCAUGAUAAUGUUGAAAUAGGUAGUUAUGACAGUGAGGAUAAAAAUGAUGCUGCUAUAGGUGACAAUGAGUUAGAUAUAAGUCUUUCUAGCCAUGGUAAUGCAGAUGAACAGAGUGAUGGAGAUGUUAAUGACAGUCAUUUAGGCUAUGAAAGUGAAGGGGAGAAGAAAGCUGAACAUCAUGUUGAUGUAGAUAAGGAAAAGCUCGCCAGUUCACCUAAAAAUGAAAAGGGGUCUGAUAGAAUUGAUAGUCCGAUUGAGCAUGAUUCUAAAUUAAAACUUGAAGAAGAACACUGCACCAGUGAUUCUGAAGAAGUGCCAGUUGAGCCCAAGAUUGAAAAUUCUGCCCAAGUGGAGAAUAAAGAUGAGUUAAGUCUCUCCAAGGUGGACAAGUUGGAAGUUGUUAGUCAGAUUUCUCAUACUGCUGGUGACGAAUAUGAAGAAGUGGUAACAGAAAGAAAAGAAAAGGAUAUUGAAGUAGAAAAAAGUGAAUGUACUACAGAUAUUCAACAUGAUGUUAAGAGUCCCAUCUGUAAAGAGGAGACCACUCCUGUUGAAGUUCAGGAAGUAAUGGAAGUUGACAAAGACUCAGACUUGCUAGAUGCAGAAAAGGUUCCCAGUGGUGGUGAACUGGAAACUGACCAACCAGAAACUCAGACAAUAUUCAAAACAGAACAGAAAAAUAUCUGUGAACCAUUAGGUACUAAAGAUGAUUUGGGAGUUGAGAAAGAAGAGAAAGGAGCUGCAGAAAUGGAAAAGACAGAGAAAAAAGUGGAGGAAAGCCCAAAGUGGGAUGCAUCUGCCGAAGAGUCAGAACUUGAGUCAAGGGAUCCAGAUGCACAAGAGCCUGUGGUGGUGAAUAAGUUAAAUGAAUCAAUUUACAGCGAUUCAGAGGCAGAAGAUAUAAUGGAUAUAGAAGCAGAGAGUGAGCAAAAAGUAGCUGGUGUGACUUCCAGCACAGGACGUGUUCCUGUGAGGGUAGAAGACGUUUACACUGAUUCUGAAGAUGAAGGGACACGUGACAGUCAGCCUCAAGUUGGAAGUAAGGGAUGUGAAACUUCAGUGACCAGUGAAACAGAUUCUGUUGAUCCAGAGGAACAAAAGGAUGGCUUAGAUGUGGAUACGGCUACAAAAGAAUGCCAUUCUGACACCCCCCAGCUCUCUGUCAUUGAAGCAUUGCCUCCCAGUUCUUCAAAAGAAGAUAUUAACUCUACAACACCACCUUCGUCUGAGAAGAAACGCCACCAUAAGAGGCGGCAUGAAAGCAAAAAAUCAUUCAACUUAGAUGCUUGUUUGAAGGCCUUUGAACAGGGUUGGAAGCGUGAGAUUGUGUUCCGGGCAACGGUCGACCCAAACAAAGGAGGAUCAAGAGCUGACAUUUAUUAUUAUGCACCGUUUGGGAAGAAGCUGAGAUCUAAUCCUGACAUUGAUUCUUGCCUUUCAGUGCAACGCUAUGGAAUACAGGAUCUGAAUUUAGACAACUUUACAUGGGUAAAAGCUCCACUAGGUGUUGGUGAACAGUAUGAACAAAUACGACAUGCAUCGAAAAGUUCUACGAGCUCUGUGCGAGGGAAAACAAGCACCCCAAAUCAAGUUGGAGUGGUUACCCCGACUGUAACGCCAGUAUCAUCGCCCAAAACACCUUCAUCAGCUGAGGUUAAAAAUCCUCGCAAGAGAGGCAGGCCUCCCAAGCAGGUGGCUGACAAGCCUCCUAAAAGAGCCAGGAUGAAAAUCACACCCAUUAUUCCCCUGAAGUUGAAGAAACAGUUGGACAAUAGCAAGAAUAUAACUCCAGCAGCACCGGCAACGACAGAUACCAGCACAAGCGAGAGUCAGGCAACCCCCCCUUCAAAUUGGAAUUCUAGUACCAGUACUGCUGCUGUUACAACAUCACAAGCAGAAGUGGCACCAGCUAAAAGUACUGUACCAUCUAAAUCACGCCAGAACCAUAUCGUAUAUAGCACCAAAGUGUGUGAAUCACUUGGAGCCUCAAUGAAGAUACUAACUCCCAUGUUGUCCGGGGAUAUCUGCAUGAGAACCUUUCACUGCACCAAUUUUUGUCCUCUUGGUGGUGGCACAGUGCCUAGUCUGCAGUGCAUUAAGUGCCUCUGUCUUUUUCACCCCGAGUGUACUUAUAUGCCACCAGCCACUGCAACAAUUAUACAGACUGGAGGUGCUAAGUUCCUUUGUCCAAAUUGCUAUAGAGAGAACAAGGAGAAUGUAGGUGCCAACCAGUGGACACCUCCCAAGCCAUAUGAACCGCUAGCAUAUGACCCUCCUUCUUGGGAGUCUGAGGAAGAGGAUGACAACAAGCCAGACCAAGAGAUCAUAGCACACAAUUAUAUAAGAGUAAGCAUCAAGGAUCAUCAUCAGUCCAUGCUGCCGUCCCACCUGGCAGGAGUGAGUCGCAGUCAACAUUCUGAUGCUCUCGGGCAAACAACAUCAGCUGCUGUGUAUUCAACAGGAUCAACACAGCCUCCUGUAUUUACAACGGACAGUCAAGCACUGCAAGGAGCUCUAACAGUCAAUGCCAGUGGGAUGAUUGGAGGACUGCCACCCAACCUCCCCAAUGGCCAGCUGGUGCAGAUACAGUCACCAGGCUCAGUGCCAACACGUUUCCUUCUUGUCCGGGCAAAUACCAAUGAGAUGCAGCCAGUUCAGAUGCCUCCAGUGCAAAUGGGGAUGCCAAGAGGCAUCAUUCUACCCCAGAAUUUGAUUGGUGGGCAGCCAAUGCCAGUUAUGCUCCCAUCCAGCUGUCAGCCUAGAUACUCAGGACCUCACAUGGCUCAGCAUUCAGGCAUGAGGGCAACAGAGGAGUAUGGAAAUUCUGCUGUCAAGGCAAUGGAAAGUCUGAAGAAGCAAGAAUUCUUGCGAGAACUGAGCCAGAGCUACCGACUGCUCUUGCGCGUAUUCAAAUACUUGUCUGUAAAGGAUCUUCUUGUUGCCUCGUGCGUUUGUGUCAUGUGGAGAGACUUGGCCUACAGCUCAUCCUUGUGGGGAACAGUACGCCUACGAAAUGUUUGUGUUAGGGACUGGUCUCAGCUUGCACGAUUCAUGGAAAGGCGGAAUGUACGCAACAUAGACUUGAGAAAAAUGAUCUUCAGACAUCCUGUUCCAGAGAGAUUAGAGCACACAUUACAUCGUUCAGAAGUAUCAAAGAGUCCCUCAAAUGAUGUGACCUCAACGGAGCCUACUUCUGCCCGCUCAUCUUACAUCCCUGAAAUAAGUAGUUGCAGAAAUAGAUCUCCUGUUUCUAGACAGUCAGAGGCAAAACAUAUAUCCGGUCUAAAGAGGUCAUCGGGUGGGGAAGAAGGCUUUAGAAUAUCACCCCAGAAAGAUAAGGUGAUAAAAGAUCAAGUCAAGGGACAGACUUUGGAUGUUGAUAGCUCAGUUAAAAAGUUGGAAAACCCAGUUGAUACAAAGCUGGACAGGAGAGAAAGUGUUGGAGAAGUUCAGCCAGAAGUCAAGAAACAAAAAUUACAAAAGAAAUCAGAUGCAACCUGUGAAACCAGUGAUACCACAUCCACAUCAGAGGAGGCUAUGGAGAUCACAGAAGAGGAUUCUAGAGAUGACAAGGAAACCUGUAAAAAGGAUAGAAUAGGAGUUAAUUCUGAUGGAUAUGCAAAGAGAGCAAGUGCUUCUUCAUUAGAUACAAGAAGUGACAGAAGAUCUAGCCAUGAAAAUGAAUGUAUGGAAGAUGAUGAUACAAGUACAAGUAAAAUUAAAGAUAUACAACCCAGAACAGAUGGAGGCUGCAGAAGAAUAGAAAAAGAUAUUUGGGAUGACAUCUGUGGAGCAAUGGGCAGCAUACAUUGCCUAAGGGGAGUCAUUCUUCCCACCUGCAGGGCUGAAGUAUUGCAACUUUUGCUAACACGCUGUAAACACCUCACUUCUGUUACAGCCACAGAAUUAAGAGAGCCAUCAGGAAUUUCAAAAUUUGACCCAGCUUAUCUUAUGGAAGUACCACAUCUAGAGGAGCUCAGACUGGGUUCUACACAAAACUUUUUGCUUACUUCAAAUUUCAACUUUAUUAAACUUCAAAAGUUAAAGGUUUUGGUAAUGAGAGGAUUUUCUGGCUCCAACUGGCCAUACCUUGGAACCAACUUGACACAUCUCCAAGUAGGCCCUGUUAGCAAUUUCAGCAACCUGACAUGGAACAACAUAGGAAGCAUGACUAAUUUGGAAGCUUUGUGGUUAGAGGAUGGAGGAUCCCUGAAUGACAUUGCCAUCUUUGAAGCCCUAAGUCGUCUAAGCAACUUGCGGCGAUUGUGCCUCUUCAAUUUUGCUGUGGGCCCCAAGCUUGGACAGGCAUUAAGGAAACUCAUCAAGUUGGAGAGAGUGUUUGUGCUGCCAGUGUCUUCACAGCAGACAAAUAUUGGUGUGCAGAACGGGAAUAUGCUGGCUGUGACAGAGACGAUGCGCCAUGUGGAUGAGCUUGUGUGGGCAGUGCGAUCACAGGAUAUCCAACUUAUCAGUCAAGUAGAACAUAUUCAUAUGUGUCCAACCAAAACAAAGGCUUACACAGGGUUCACAAACAGUGACGACACCAUGCCAAAUCUAUGGACGUUACAGCGUCUGGAAACAAUAGUGAAACGACAUCUGCCACGUACACGAGUGCGCAUCCUUAAGUUAGAUCCUGCAGCAGCUGCCAGAAUGGCUAUGUCAACCCUCUGAUAGUUGCUGUGGAUGCUGUCAGGGCAGCUGACCAUCAAAGCACCACUUUCCUUGCCCCAGUGUCCACACCAUUGCUGUCAAAGGAGAACCUUCAAGGAUGUAUAGAUUAAGAAGUUGUAUAUUUGCCUAUACAACCUGGAUUUGUUAUACUUAUCCAUACUUUGUUAAGUAGAUGGUGUUUGAUAAGUGUUGUACACCUCGGAUUUGAAUAUAGUGCAGGAAUUCUGAAGGA